AUGACUCCACGGAGACAACAGAGAUACAAAGUAGCAGGUGCCUCGAUUGUUGUUGCAUUAAUGGCGUAUGCAACGUACAAAUACUGGACAGUUUCUGAGAACGAAUCUACCUCUGCACAGAAGCAAGAAUCUGGUGGAGAUACCACCGAAUACGAGCUCCGUCCUAAACAGCAGUUGUCUACAUCCAUAGCCUUGGUUAUUACUCCAGCGAUACUUGAUAAACUCAAAGAGUACAACAGCAACCAAGAAAACCAAAUAGACAUUGUUACAUACCUCAAGAUGUACCCUAAUUUGGCAGUUGUUCUAUGGCCAGGACUUCAAAUAGAGGAUCUAGAGAAUUAUUUCGUAGUUGGACCUCCUAUAAGGAAUAGGAUUUUAAGAGUUGAGAAAAUGGAGAGCAUUUCAAUCAUACUAAGGCAUCUUAACAAAGACCUAAAUUUGGUGGUUGAAGGUAUAGAAACUAGAGGCUUAAAAAAUAUAAUUACGUUAAAGGAGAAACUCUUUGUCGAAUACAUUUGA